UGGGGUGUGUUCCGUUACACGCUCUCAACGCUCGCGAGCGUCAUUCUAUCUUUGUUUAACAUCUGUGAGCAACAAAGAUAGAAUGACGCUUGCGAGCGUGUAACGGAACGCGCCUAUGGGAGAGUGUCAGGAGGGGGCUGGCCGAAACAUUCGCCCUCUGUCUUCAACGCCGUUUCAUAUUCCACUGUCCUGAUUGCACGUUCUGUUUAUACAUUUUUUUGUCUAGAUCGAUUUUGGAUCUUUCUUGCUGAUGUCAAUUUGUGAAAAGUGACAAUUUUUUAAUGGUUAUGAAUUGAUAAAAAAUUGAGGAAGUCGUUGAUAACGGUAUUCAAUUUCAGUACUAGAUACUUGCCUGACGCCGCGAUUCCUGCGCGUGCGUGGCGAUAUCGCGACCUUCUUGCUUCGAGAGCAGCUGCGGCAGUGAGGUUCAUGUGAGAAACAACGUGAAAUGUCAAAAUGGCGUCUUCUCAAGACGCUUGGUAUCUCUCGUUGUUGGGUCUGGCCGAGAAUUUCCGUAUAUCCAACCCGCCCAACAUUAAGUCGUGCAUCCAGUGUUUGCAGGCGGUUUUCAAUUUUAAACCACCUCCGCGGGUCGAAGCGCGUACUCAUCUUCAGCUCGGAAAUAUCCUGCUCACGCACACGAAAAACAUCGAUUUGGCGCGAUCCCACUUAGAACAAGCGUGGCGACUGAGUCAAAACAUAAAUACCUUCGAUGAUGUGAAGUUUGAAGCUGCCAGUAUAGUCGCGGAAUUAUAUGAGCAACAACAACUGCCGAAUUUAAGUAAACCCAUAUUGAGAAAGGCGAUAGAACUGUCCCAGCAUAAUGUCUACUGGCAUUGUAGACUUAUUUUCCAGCUUGCACAAAUUCAUGCUUCAGAGAAAGACUUUGUUGCAGCAAGCAGUUUGCUUGCGGUGGGUGUCGAUUAUUCCCACAUAAGCAAUGCCAGUUACACCAGAGUUCUCUUCCUUCUAAGUCGGUGUAUGCUUCUGUUGAUUGAUAAAAAGUUCACAGAGGUUCAUUCUCUCCUGAGUAUAGCGGGCCAUCAUGUUGACAACUGGCAAGGUAGUCCACAUCAGAAGGAAUACUUGAAAGUAUACUUUUUAGUUCUUCAAGUUUGUCAUUAUCUCAUGGCUGGUCAGGUGAAAAGUGUAAAACCUUGUCUGAAACAAUUACAACAGAGUAUACAGACUCUAAUGUCUCCUAGUUGGCCAUCUGAUGACGUAGUCACAGGCACAAAUAUAGGAGAUAUGUUUAUAUGGAUGCCGAAAGAUCAUCUAUAUGUAUUGGUUUAUUUGGUGACGGUUAUGCAUUCUAUGCAAGCUGGAUAUAUGGACAAAGCACAGAAAUACACAGAUAAAGCUCUCACCCAAAUUGAAAAGUUGAAAAUUGUUGAUAACAAGCCUAUACUAUCAGUGUUUCAACUAAUGCUUUUAGAGCAUAUAGUUAUGUGUCGACUUGUAAUGGGAAACAAAAGUGUGGCUCUUGCAGAAAUUUCUCAGGCUUGUCAGCUUUGUAGGCGACAGCCGAGAUUACUUCAAGGUCAUAGACCUCAAUUGCACGCAUUACUAGGUUUAUAUGCAAUGUCGAUGAACUGUAUGGAAGCUGCAGAGGCUCAAUUUACUGCUGCACUCAGAACGUCACACGAAAGGGAUCUCUGGACAUUCGCCAACCUGAAUCUAGCGAUCGUGUACCUCAGGACAAAAAGGGAAGCCGAGUUGGGGGCGUUAUUAGAAAGGAUAAAUCCAGAAUCUCUACCAUCGAAUUCUCAUUCUUUAAGGGCAGCUGCAUAUUAUGUACAAGGACUCCAAGCCUUCUUUGGUGCUAGAUAUAAUGAAGCCAAACGAUACCUUAGGGAAACCUUGAAGAUGGCAAAUUCGGAAGACUUGAAUAGACUUACUUCGUGUAGCCUCGUGCUUCUUGGACAUAUAUUCCUUUCGUUGGGAAAUAGCAGGGAAUCGAUGAAUAUGGUCACACCUGCGAUGCAGUUAGCUUCUAAAAUACCCGAUGUACAUGUACAACUAUGGGCUACAGCCAUUCUUAAAGAUUUAUACGGACUCGUCGGUGAUACUAAUCAUGAAAACGAGGCAUAUCAAAUGCAUUGUACAUUUUCUCAAACUCUCUUAAAGGACCAUUUUCAGAGCACCCAAAUGAGCGCACACUCGCUUAUUCAAUGGACAGAAGGUCCAGUGCCCGCAUUGCCGAGCAAUCCACCACCAUCUACGUCACAAGCAAUUCUCUAAUGAGAGUAAUAAUUUAAUGAGAGAUAUUUAAACGUCAGUUUAAAUUGUUCGAAGAAUGUUUGUCGAAGCCAUAUACAUUUGUAUUACAUACCUAUUGUUAAAGUGAUAUUGAGUUUAAAAUUUCACACAGUUGGAUAUUAAACAAGUGAUUAUUGAUAAUGUUGAGAAAUAUUGAAUCAAUGGAUCAGACAAUAUCCAGAUAUGUUCAGUGUGCAAGAUUUUCCUGAGGACAUGUUGCAAUUAAUUAUAGCUUUUUAACUACAGAACUUUCUUUUGAUAAUAAUUUACAAUAUUUGAAUUAUAUUGCACAGCACAGGAACUGACUAUAAAUAUACUUAGAUCGCUCUAAUAUAUGUUUUGUUUAUUUCAAUUUAUAUAUUUUAAAUUAAAUUAUUCAUGCAUUUUUGUUUUUUUCUUUUUAAGCACUAAAGAGAUAUAAAUAUUUGUUAGUUGUACAACAUCGAAAUGCAUACGCGCUUGCUUAUACUAUCUGUAUAAAACAGCGUAUUUUCGAAUUAUGAGUAGAUUUUAACAUAUAUUAAAUUCUUAAGUUGUAUUAGCCUUUUGCUUUUCAUGUUACUUUAAAUUUAUAAUUUCGUAUUACUGUGGGACGUGACUGGAAAAAAUGACCUUGUUUUAUCACGAAUAAAGUAAAAAGGAAAUGGAUCAUGAAAGUUUCUGAGUUAAAACUUGUAUAUAUUGAAUCAUGAUAAGUAUAAUAAAACUGAAUUAAUUACAGCUUCUAAAAAAAUUUGAUAAAUUAUCCGAUUAUCAAGAGGAUUUGAGUAAUUUUUUUAUUAUAUGCUUUUUUUAAAUGACCAAAGUAAAAUAUUAAUAAUUUAGCUGUGGACACACAUAACAAGAAAGCAGAAUAUGUUCAUUAAACGGUGUAGUGAAAAGAUGUUAGGAUAAGUAUAAAAAUUUUUGCGGAUCGCUUAAAACAAAUUUUUUAACUAUUGUACAUUUAAGAUAUGUUUUUCAGUACAUGUAUUUUGAUUUAAAAAAAUAAUGUAUGUAUUGUAUAAGUAUAAUAAAAAUGUAAUUAUUAUUAGUAUAGUGAUAAAUAAAAAGAAGAAAGGGGCCUUAGAACUUGGUAACUUAAAAUGGCUAAAGAAUUCCAUAUGAAACUCUUUGCUAUGUUUAAGUUACUCUGAAUAUAUUCUGUACAUACUUGUAGAAGUAAGAAGAGAACAGUGGGAAAAUAGAAAAUAUAAUAGAGUA